GCUUUGAUUAAAAUGCUUAAGUGAAAAGGAAGCAUGAACGCAUUUAUACAUCUCAAAUGUUACUAAACGUGGGCUAACGUUAUUUUAUAUAGUGAAAUGCAUUUUCAAAGUAUUACAUAUUUUGACCUGACCUAAUUAUGAUAAUUUUGUAUGUAUUUUAUCUUUUGUCACUGAAAAAAAAUAAUCUACGUCGAUCAGAAUGACACAAUUGCUGUUUGGAUACACCAUAAAUAUUUAAAUAUAACAUCUAUUUCACAACUGAGAUUCGGUCCCUAAAGUUCGACAAAAAGCCAUUCAGGCGUUCAUUCGCGAACAACCCAUCACUACAUUCCACAGAAAGCAGGCAUAUGAGUAAUCGACGUUUAGCUAGCAUCACCCCAAUCUGUGUUUGUUUCUAGAGGAAUGUAUCGGCAAACUGACGCAAUGACUUCCCCAACAUCAGUGAAAAUUGUGCUGAUAGGCACCUCAACGGCGUCCCUCAACGAACGCUUUACAACCAUUUUGAAGAAUAAGCAGCAGGAGCCAGUGGAUGUGCAAGUCAACUUACAGCAGGAAGCAAGCAGUGUUGCGAACAGAAGACUGGCCCGGCAGAUGGAGAACAGGGCCUCUGUGCGGGCUGCCCUGCAGCUCAAGAGCCUGCAGCUGCAUCAGGGGAAGGGUGACGUCCUGGACAGGCUGGGUCGGCCCAUGGGAAGCCUGAUACGGGGGGUCACUAGAAGCCGGGGGUUUGCUGUAUGGGGAGUGCGAAGGAUGAACAGAGGAGGAUUCGGGGCGCUAGGAAACGUCCAACGGGGCUUCUUCAGAGGUGUAAAACAGACCAAGCUGAAGUUUCUUCAAGGCAUGCAAGGUAGCCAGCUAAACCGUUCUGGAGCCCUGGUGAGCCGUGGCUCUAAGUGUAGACUGAGAGGAAGAGGCAGAGGAGAGCAUCUCAGCCAGAGGGGCCGGGGAUGGUUUCGGGGCCAAGGAAUGGGCAGACCUGAGAAAAUCCCAUCCAAAGAGGAGCUCGACCACCAGCUGGACGACUACAUGUCCAUGAGCAAGGCCCGCCUAGAUGCUGAUCUGGACUCCUACAUGGCCAUGGCAGGCUCUGACUACAUUGAGUAGAACCCGGAGGAGGACCGGGGAGGAGGCGUUCUCUAAUGCACUGAUUCAUCAGUAGAACUACCACUCUGUUACACACACACACACUUGAGUGGUUUUGUAAAAAAAAAAAUUCCCUUCAUUUUUAUUAAUCCACGAGCUCAUUGCUGAUAAGCAAGGUCUAAAACCUGAGAAGAGCAAGGGUCUGCUGGUGUUUGCAUAGGAGUAAUUACUUGUUCAGUAAAAUCCAAAGCAAGCAAAUUAAUGUUCAUCACUUCGCUAUAUUGUGGGUGUUAUACCCCCCAAAAAAUAUAUUUUUGUUAUGUAUAUAUUUUGUUUUUCAUGAGAGAUUGUAUUUAUUUUAUUUUUUUUACAAAACACAUGGUUUUAUGUCGUUUGUAACAAUGUUAUGUUGCUCUAAAAGUUAGUUGGUGGUUGCCAUCUUUUAUUUGUGAAAAGCGUAUCUUAAGCUAACCAGGUUUGUAAAACAUUUAAGAAAUAUCUCUGAUGAUAUAAACCUUUUGUUAAAGA